UAGGGGGCGUCGGCGAUGCACCUGCUGCGGGGGGCGGGAGCGGCCGGCGGGGUCCUGCGGCGCAGCGCGGGGCCGCUGCCGGCCGUGGGUGGGAGCCGCGCCUCGCCGCCCCCGAGCGCGUGCCCUGCUUCCAGAGCUCGCCCCCGAUGGCUUCUCCCUUUUUUGUGUUGUAAACGUCAGGGCUACAGAGCGUACCGAGCAAUUUUUGUGAUAUGCAGCUUCCGUGGAGUUGUACCGCAAGGCUUAGUCCUGGAACUAGGUGAAACUGUCCAGAUCCUAGAGAAAUGUGAAGGCUGGUACAGAGGUGUUUCCAUUAAGAAGCCCAAUGUAAAGGGGAUUUUUCCUGCAAACUAUAUUCACUUGAAAAAGGCAAUUGUCAGUAACAGAGGGCAAUAUGAAACAGUCGUUCCACUUGAAGAUUCUGUUGUGACUGAAGUCACAGCAACACUACAGGAAUGGGCUGUGCUCUGGAAACAGCUGUAUGUGAAACAUAAGGUAGAUCUUUUCUACAAACUGCGCCAUGUGAUGAAUGAACUCAUUGACCUACGUAGACAGCUGCUGUCAGGUCACUUGACACAGGAUCAGGUGCGAGAGGUCAAGAGACACCUCACAGUGAGGCUGGACUGGGGCAAUGAACAUUUGGGCCUAGAUUUAGUUCCUCGGAAGGACUUUGAGGUUGUGGAUUCGGAUCAGAUCAGUGUUUCAGAUCUUUAUAAAAUGCAUUUGUCAAGUAGACACAGUGUCCAGCAGAGCACGUCACAGGUGGAUACAAUUCGUCAGCGUCAUGGAGAAGCUUGCCGUAUGCCAGUGCCUCAUCACUUCUUCCUCAGUCUAAAGAGCUUCACCUAUAAUACAAUUGGAGAAGACACAGAUGUCUUUUUUUCUUUGUAUGAUGUUCGAGAAGGCAAGCAGAUCAGUGAGAGGUUUAUGGUGAGGUUAAACAAGAAUGGAGGCCCCAGGAAUCCAGAGAAGAUAGAUCGAAUGUGUGCACUUUUCACGGAUCUCAGCAGCAAGGACAUGAAGAGAGAUUUGUACAUAGUUGCCCAUGUAAUUCGAAUAGGUCGCAUGUUGCUAAAUGAUUCAAAAAAAGGGCCCCCACAUUUACACUAUCGCCGCCCCUAUGGCUGUGCAGUGUUAAGCAUCAUGGAUGUACUUCAGUCAAUCUCUGAAAUAAAAGAAGAGAAGGAUUUUGUUCUCAAAGUUUACACGUGUAACAAUGAAAAUGAAUGGUGUCAGAUCCAUGAAAAUAUUAUCCGCAAGUCCAGCACCAAAUACACAGCACCCAGCUCAAACUAUGGACUUAUAAUAUCUCUUCAGCUUCUUCGUGGUGACAUGGAGCAGGUUCGAAGGGAAAACCCCAUGAUCUUUAACAGAGGGGUUUCUGUUACCAGGAAGCUGGGCUUCCCUGAUGUCAUAAUGCCAGGUGAUAUACGCAAUGACUUAUACCUGACAUUAGAAAAGGGAGACUUUGAAAGAGGUGGGAAGAGUGUGCAGAAGAACAUUGAAGUGACCAUGUAUGUUCUGUAUGCGGAUGGAGAAAUCUUGAAGGACUGCAUCAGCCUGGGCUCAGGAGAGCCAAGCAGAAGUGCAUACCACUCUUUUGUUCUUUACCACAAUAACAGCCCUCGAUGGGGGGAAAUCAUCAAGUUGCCCAUCCCCAUAGACAGGUUUCGUGGGUCUCACCUCCGGUUUGAGUUCAGACAUUGCUCCACAAAAGACAAGGGAGAAAAGAAGCUCUUUGGUUUUGCAUUCACUCCAUUGAUGAGAGAUGAUGGCACUACCUUAUCAGAUGAUAUCCAUGAACUUUAUGUUUAUAAGUGUGAUGAGAAUAGCACAUUUAAUAAUCAUGCACUCUACCUGGGGUUGCCUUGCUGCAAAGAGGACUACAAUGGCUGCCCCAACAUCCCUUCCAGUCUCAUUUUCCAGCGCAGCACCAAAGAGACCUUUUCAGUCUCCACACAGCUUUCUUCUACCAAAUUGACCCAGAAUGUGGAUUUGCUUGCCCUGCUGAAAUGGAAAGCUUACCCAGAUCGUGUGAUGGAUAUCCUAGGAAGACUGAGACAUGUCAGUGGCGAGGAAAUUGUUAAGUUCCUACAAGAUAUUCUUGACACGUUGUUUGUAGUUUUGGAUGACAACACAGAAAAGUAUGGCUUGUUGGUCUUUCAGUCUUUGGUGUUCAUCAUAAAUCUACUGCGUGACAGCAAGUAUUUUCAUUUUCGACCUGUGAUGGACACUUACAUUCAGAAGCACUUUGCAGGAGCACUGGCUUACAAAGAACUGAUCCGAUGUUUGAAGUGGUACAUGGACCGUUCAGCUGAGCUUGUACGUCAAGAUCACAUCCAGGAAGCAAUGAGAGCCUUGGAAUAUCUUUUCAAGUUCAUUGUCCAAUCUCGGAUCCUUUACUCCAGAGCUACUUGCGGAAUGGAGGAGGAACAGUUCCGCACCAGCAUCCAGGAGCUUUUCCAGUCCAUCAGAUUUGUGCUCAGCUUGGACAGCAGGAGCUCUGAGACACUCAUCUUCACACAGGCUGCUUUGCUGAACUCCUUCCCCGCUAUCUUUGAUGAGCUGUUGCAGAUGUUCACUGUGCAGGAAGUAGCAGAGUUUGUGAGGGGUACUCUGGGCAGCAUGCCCAGUACAGUGCACAUUGGGCAAUCAAUGGAUGUUGUUAAGCUACAAUCCAUUGCGCGCACUGUUGACAGCCGCCUGUUCUCUUUCUCAGAGUCCCGGCGUAUCCUGCUACCUGUGGUGCUUCACCACAUUCACCUUCACCUACGACAGCAGAAGGAGCUACUCAUCUGCUCUGGGAUUCUCAGUAGUAUUUUCUCCAUAAUCAAGACCAGCUCUUUGGAGGGAGAUGUCGUGGAGGAGGUUGAGAUGAUGGUGGAAAGCCUCCUGGAUGUGCUUUUACAAACUCUGCUUACAAUCAUGAGUAAAUCGCAGUCUCAGGAGGCGGUAAGAGGGCAGCGUUGCCCGCAGUGCACAGCAGAAAUCACUGGAGAAUAUGUGUCCUGUCUUUUAUCUUUGCUCCGUCAGAUGUCAGACACUCAUUUCCAGCACUUACUGGACAACUUCCAAAGCAAGGAUGAACUAAAGGAGUUCCUCCUGAAGAUUUUUUGUGUAUUUCGGAACCUGAUGAAAAUGAGUGUCUUUCCUCGAGACUGGAUGGUGAUGAGGUUGCUCACCAGCAAUAUCAUAGUUACAACAGUUCAGUACCUGUCUUCCGCACUGCACAAGAAUUUCACAGAAACAGACUUCGAUUUUAAAGUGUGGAACUCCUAUUUCAGCCUGGCAGUGUUGUUCAUAAAUCAGCCAAGUCUGCAACUAGAAAAUGCCACACCAGCUAAGAGAAAGAAGAUUCUAGAUAAAUAUGGUGAUAUGAGAGUGAUGAUGGCAUAUGAGCUCUUCAGCAUGUGGCAGAACCUGGGUGAACAUAAGAUUCACUUUAUUCCGGGAAUGAUUGGCCCCUUUCUUGGUGUUACGCUUGUUCCACAACCAGAAGUCCGAAAUAUCAUGAUCCCUAUCUUCCAUGACAUGAUGGACUGGGAGCAGAGAAAGAAUGGCAACUUCAAACAGGUGGAAGCUGAGUUGAUUGAUAAGCUGGACAGCCUGGUAUCUGAAGGAAAAGGUGACGAGAACUACAGAGAACUCUUCAGCCUACUAACCCAGCUCUUUGGGCCUUAUCCCAGUUUGCUGGAGAAGAUUGAGCAGGAAACCUGGCGGGAGACUGGAAUCUCUUUUGUUACAUCAGUUACUCGCCUCAUGGAGCGUCUGCUUGACUAUAGGGAUUGUAUGAAAGGCGAUGAAACAGAAAACAAGAAAAUUGGCUGCACUGUUAACCUUAUGAAUUUCUAUAAGUCGGAAAUUAACAAGGAAGAGAUGUACAUCCGCUAUAUCCACAAGCUGUGUGACAUGCACUUACAGGCUGAGAACUAUACAGAGGCUGCAUUUACUUUGCUUUUGUACUGUGAGUUGCUUCAGUGGGAGGACAGACCUCUGAGAGAGUUCCUGCAUUAUCCAUCUCAGUCAGAGUGGCAACGUAAGGAAGGUCUGUGCCGUAAGAUUAUCCAUUACUUCAACAAAGGGAAGAGCUGGGAGUUUGGUAUCCCGCUGUGCAGAGAGCUGGCCAUACAGUACGAAAGCCUCUAUGACUACCAGAGCCUCAGCUGGAUUCGGAAAAUGGAAGCUACCUAUUAUGAUAAUAUCAUGGAACAGCAGCGCUUGGAACCUGAAUUUUUCAGAGUUGGUUUUUAUGGUCGAAAAUUCCCAUUUUUCCUGCGGAAUAAAGAAUAUGUGUGUCGAGGCCACGACUAUGAGAGGCUGGAAGCCUUCCAGCAGAGGAUGCUGAGUGAGUUUCCACAAGCCAUUGCAAUGCAGCAUCCCAACCACCCAGACGACUCUAUAUUACAGUGCGAUGCCCAGUAUUUACAGAUCUAUGCAGUCACUCCCAUCCCAGACAAUAUAGAUGUGCUACAAAUGGACCGUGUCCCUGAUCGCAUAAAGAGCUUCUACAGAGUCAACAAUAUCCGGAAAUUCCGCUAUGAAGCCUUUCCACAAAGGCCAAAGGACAAGGAGAAUGAAUUUAAGAGCCUGUGGAUUGAACGUACCACUCUGACCUUGACUCACAGUUUGCCUGUUUCUCGUUGGUUUGAAGUGGAGAGAAGAGAACUGGUUGAAGUAAGUCCUUUGGAAAAUGCCAUUCAAGUGGUUGAGACACAAAACCAGGAGCUGACACUUAUAAGCCAGUACCAGCAUAAACUGCAUGGUAACAUUAAUCUUCUCAGCAUGUGUUUGAAUGGAGUGAUUGAUGCAGCUGUGAAUGGAGGAAUUGCACGAUACCAGGAGGCCUUUUUUGAUAAAGAUUAUAUCACAAAGCACCCUGCAGAUGCAGAGAAGAUCACACAGCUCAAGGAACUCAUGCAAGAACAGGUACAUGUUUUAGGAGUGGGUCUGGCAGUCCAUGAGAAAUUUGUACACCCAGAAAUGCGUCCUCUGCAUAAGAAACUGAUAGACCAGUUCCAGAUGAUGCGAUCCAGUUUGUACCAUGAGUUACCUGGUUUGGAUAAGCUGAGUCCAGCCUGUUCUGGCACUAGUACACCACGCGGCAAUGUUCUCGUUUCACACGGACCAAAGCCAGAGAGCAUCAAGCUGUUGCAUCGACACAGCCCACUGAACAUGCUUGGUUCAGUCCGACACUCGUCAUCCUCUCUGUCAUCACACACCUCCAGCGAAACAGGAAACCUGGUUAUCCUGACAGACAGUUCUGUGGGGGAGACUGCUGAGGAUAUGUACCACAUGCAGGCCAGCCCUUCCACCUCAAGCCUGAGUUCUACCCACUCGGCACCAUCCCAGAUGAUCAACUCUGCCCCUUCCAGUGCACGAGGCUCUCCCUCUCUACCAGAUAAGUACCGCCACACUCGGGAGCUGAUGAUGUUGCUGCCAACCCCGGACCGACCUAGCAGUGCCAUGUAUCCCACGGCUAUCAUGGAAAAUGGACAGCCUCCAAAUUUCCAGCGCGCCUUGAUCCAGCAAAUGAUUGGGCCAUGCAAACCUUGCAGUGAUCCCAACCUGUCUGUGGCUGAGAAAGGACACUACGCGCUGCACUUUGAUGCCUUCCAUCACCAGCUCAGUGAUGCUCCUCCGGCACUGCCUGCACGAACUCUAAAACAGUCCCCUCUUCAUCCGAUCCCUGCAUCACCCACCAGUCCGCAGUCUGGUCUAGAUGGAAGCAACUCCACUUUAUCCGGCAGUGCCAGCAGUGGUGUCUCUUCCUUGAGCGAGAGUAAUUUUGGACAUUCUUCUGAACCACCUCCUCGCACAGACACCAUGGAUUCUGUCCCCAGCCAGGCCUGGAACACUGACGAAGACCUAGAGACACCCUACCUCCCUGUCAGGUACAGUCUCUCUGAGCCUGAUGUCCUUGAGUCGCUCAAAUCCCAGCCAUGCCGAAGUCACUCCGCCCCAUCAGGAGUCAUUCCUCAGGACACCAUGGACCCUCCCGCUCUACCCCCCAAACCGUACCACUCCCGGCUCAACAUGGAGAACGAGGAGGGAAUGAUAAUUGAAGAUGAUGACAAACACCGCCCAUUGCAUCGUAAAGUGUCACAGCCAGUGAGCGGCGGGAAGGAAGAGCAGGCCAGGGUAGCAUUGGAGCAUGGCAUCAGUGAGCAGUAGGAACAACUCCUGGUGAGCAGCUUGCGUCAUCAGUCCAGGUCUGAGCAGAAAGCAGAGAGAUGAGGACUCAGAACAGCAAGCCGCCUAUUUCUACUGCCACAGGUUAUGGCUGGAGCCCACACAAGCAAUUGGGCUAGCACGGGAGGUUGCUGCUUUCCUUUUUAAUUUCUUUUUACCCUUUCCGUUAUGUUUUUUAAACUUUUGGUGCAGUGGAUGGUUAUUCCUUCUGCAGUUUCUUAACCGCACCACAUGGCACACAAGCCAUAGAGACCUGCAGAAGCUGAAGAAUAACAAUUUAAAGCAGCAGGGAAGAAGAAGGGGGAAAUUUGGCAAGUUGAUUUUGAAACUGAUUUCCUCCUAGUUCUGAGACCCACGGAGUAGAAGCAGUUGCACUAGGGACAUAUUUUGUUGCUGUACAGAAGUGAAAGCUCUUGCUGAAAUCAGGGAUUUUAUGAACCGUCAGUCUGGAAGGUGCAUGAGCUGCAGCAGU